AUGGAUGACAAAGAACAGGACGCCGAUGGGUGCUACGACAAGUUGGUCUAUUUGUACUGGUCUUUGUUGGAAAGGAACAACAUGAUGUCGCUCCAUACCAAACCUCCCAAGGCGGCUGUGAAGGCGCUGGUGGAAGGGCUUAGCCCGUCCGCGCUCAAGGCAUUCAUCAAGAAGAACCUUGAUCUGGACCAGAAACACCUUCGCAACUCAGUGCACAAGUUCAUGACGUAUGUCAAGGUCAAGCUGGUUGCCCAACUUGAGUUCACGCGGGCCACCAAGGUGACGGGGAUCAUAAAGACUUCGGGAGACGAAUCGUCCCGGGCCGGCUCUGUUUCACCAAGGAAUGUCAAGGCUUUGAUGAACACCGCUUCAUCGGGAACACCUGGCUGCCAGGACAUCAAGAAAGCGCCAAAUGCUGAGAAGAAAGCGAUCCAGGACAAGUGGAAGGCCAAAUGGACCGAGAAGAAGGAGAGGAAACCGACUAAAUCAAAGGUCGUGAAGUCUCUCCGUUGGACGGGAGAGCAGCCAGCUGACGGAUGUUGCUGGUCCGAGAUCCCUCGAGUCGCGCUAGAGAAGCCCAUCUCAACGCUAAUCGACUCGGGAAGUAAUCCCGGGAUGCUUCUCUCCAAUGGUCUUUUCGGCCUUAUCGCCCUGCAUUCGAAAGUUGACCUUCAGGCGAAGGAUUUGCCCACUCCUCAGGUCAAGGAGAGUUUUGGCGGUGGUUUGUGA